AGGAGGUUCAGCACCACGGACAGCGGCGGCAUCAUGCCCGGUGCCCGCGGCACCUUCUCCCCCAAGAAGCGGCGCUGAGCAGCGGACCCGUCCCCUCCUUCACUCCUCCAUUGAUGCGGCCGCAUCCCCGCACAUCUGCCCGUCUUGUAUGAAGAGCUCAACCCGGAGGACAUGGCUGACAGGACGGCGCCCAACUGCCACCUCCGGCUGGAAUGGGUGUACGGCUACCGGGGCCACCAGUGCCGGAACAACCUGUACUACACGGCGGCCAAGGAGAUCGUGUACUUCGUGGCGGGGGUCGGGGUGGUCUACAACACCCGGGAGCACAAGCAGAAAUUCUACGUGGGCCACAACGACGACAUCAUCAGUUUGGCCCUACACCCUGAGAGGCUGCUGGUGGCUACUGGGCAAGUCGGGAAGGAGCCGUAUAUCUGCGUGUGGGACUCGUACUCGGUGCAGACCGUCUCCAUAUUGAAAGAUGUCCACACUCACGGGAUUGCUUGCCUGGCGUUUGAUAUGGAUGGUCAGCGCCUGGUGUCUGUUGGCCUCGACUCCAAGAACACGAUUUGUGUAUGGGACUGGAGGAAAGGGAAGAUGCUCUCUAUGGCCCCGGGUCACUCUGACAGGAUCUUUGACAUCUCGUGGGAUCUCUACCAACCGAAUAAGCUGGUCAGCUGCGGAGUGAAGCACAUAAAGUUUUGGACCCUAUGUGGGAAUUCACUGACCCCAAAGCGCGGUGUUUUUGGGAAGACGGGUGACCUACAGACCAUACUGUGCCUGGCGUGUGCGAGGGACGAGGUGACCUAUUCCGGAGCGCUGAAUGGAGACAUAUACGUAUGGAAGGGCAUGAACCUCGCUCGGACAAUCCAGGGGGCGCACACGGCAGGGAUCUUCAGCAUGAACGCCUGCGAGGAGGGAUUUGCCACCGGCGGACGAGACGGCUGUGUGCGCCUGUGGGAUUUAAACUUUAAACCUAUUACUGUUAUCGAUCUCAGGGAAACAGACCAAGGAUAUAAAGGUUUAUCCGUGCGGAGUGUGUGCUGGAGGGGAGACCACAUACUGGUGGGGACGCAGGACAGCGAGAUCUUCGAGAUUGUGGUGCACGAGCGGAACAAACCUUUCCUGAUAAUGCAGGGACACUGUGAGGGCGAGCUCUGGGCCCUGGCCGUCCACCCAACUAAACCGCUGGCGAUUACCGGGAGCGACGACCGAUCAGUGAGGAUCUGGAGUCUGGUGGACCAUGCGCUCAUUGCUCGCUGCAAUAUGGAGGAACCAAUCCGCUGCGCAGCAGUCAGCACAGAUGGCAUCCACCUAGCGCUGGGCAUGAAGGAUGGAUCCUUUACUGUACUCCGUGUCAGGGACAUGACGGAAGUCGUGCACAUCAAGGACAGGAAGGAAGCCAUCCAUGAGCUGAAGUACUCGCCAGACGGAAACUUCUUGGCUGUGGGCUCCAACGACAGUUCCGUGGACAUCUAUGGGGUCGUCCAAAGAUACAAGAAAGUGGGCGAGUGUCUAGGAUCGGUGUCCUUCAUCACACACAUGGACUGGUCCUCCGAUAGUAAAUAUAUGCAGACCAAUGAUGGAAGCGGCAAAAGAAUGUUCUACAGAAUGCCAGGGGGCAAGGAGAUCUCCAGCAAGGAGGAGCUGAAGGGCGUGCAGUGGGCCCGAUGGACGUGCGUCACCGGAACCGAAGUGAAUGGCAUCGGUCCCAAAUAUUCUGACAUCAAUGAGAUCAACUCUGUAGAUGCCAAUUAUCUUGGGCAAGUGUUGGUGACGGCCGAUGACUACGGGAUAGUGAAGCUUUUCCGGUAUCCAUGUCCAAGAAAAGGAGCAAAGUUUAAGAAGUACCUGGGUCACUCCGCUCAUGUGACCAGCGUGCGGUGGUCACAUGACUAUCAGUGGAUUAUUUCGGUUGGCGGCGCGGAUCAUUCUGUGUUCCAGUGGAAGUUUAUCCCGGACAGAAAAUUGAAGGACGCUCUGCACAUCGCUCCACAAGAGAGUUUAAUGGAUUCUAACAGUGAUGAAUCAGAUUCGGAACAGUCUGACGUUCCAGAGCUGGACUCUGAAAUAGAACAGGAGACACAGAUCACGUAUCGGCGACAGGUGUAUAAAGAAGAUCUACCUCAGCUUAAAGAGCAAUGCAAAGACAAACACAGAAGUGCUUCUUCCAAGAGGAGGGAACGCGCUCCCGUGAACAGCAUCCGCCUGCAUUUUGUGCAUGGGUACCGGGGCUAUGACUGCCGGAGCAACCUCUUUUACACCCAGACGGGUGAGAUCGUUUACCACGUGGCGGCCAUCGGAGUGGUGUACAACCGGCAGCAGAACACGCAGAGGUUCUACCUGGGCCACACCGAUGAUAUUCUCUGCCUGGCCAUUCACCCCUUGAAGGAUUUCGUAGCUACAGGUCAGGUGGGCAGAGACUGCACCGUGCACAUCUGGGACUGCGAGACAAUCAAACCUCUUUCAGUGUUGAAAGGACAUCACCAGUACGGAGUGUGCGCCGUGGACUUCUCAGCGGAUGGGAAGCGCCUGGCCUCUGUCGGCAUCGACGACCAUCACACUGUGGUCUUGUGGGACUGGAAAAAGGGCGAGAAACUGUCAUCAGUCAGAGGGAGUAAAGAUAAAAUCUUUGUGGUGAAGAUUAACCCCUACAUGCCCGAUAAACUGAUCACUGCGGGGGUGAAGCACAUGAAGUUCUGGAGGCGCGCAGGUGGGGGUCUGAUUGGACGCAAGGCGUGCAUAGGGACCGGCUCGAAGAUUGACACCGUGAUGUGUGUGGUGUACGGGUGGACAGAGGAGAUGUCCUUCUCAGGAACCUCCACUGGAGACAUCUGUAUCUGGAGAGACCUGUUCCUGAUGAAGACUGUGAAGGCUCACGACGGGCCGGUGUUCAGUAUGCACGCCCUGGAUAAGGGCUUUGUGACCGGUGGGAAGGAUGGAGUGGUGGCGCUCUGGGAUGAUUCUUUUGAACGAUGCCUCAAAACCUACGCUAUCAAGAGGGCUGCACUGGCUCCAGGCUCUAAAGGGCUGCUCCUAGAAGACAACCCUUCCAUUCGUGCCAUAACUCUGGGACACGGCCAUAUCCUAGUGGGAACGAAGAAUGGAGAGAUUCUGGAGGUUGACAAGAGUGGACCGGUCACUCUGCUGGUCCAGGGACACAUGGAAGGGGAGGUCUGGGGUCUGGCUGCCCACCCCCACUUACCAAUCUGUGCCACUGUGAGCGAUGACAAGACCCUGCGCAUCUGGGACCUGUCCCCCAGUCACUGCAUGCUGGCCGUGCGCAAACUCAAGAAGGGUGGCCGUUGCUGUUCAUUCUCCCCGGAUGGCAAGGCUUUGGCCGUGGGUCUGAAUGACGGAAGCUUCCUGAUUGUGAAUGCGGACACGCUGGAAGACCUGGUGUCCUUCCACCACAGGAAGGAUGUGAUCUCGGACAUCCGCUUCUCCCCUGGCAGCGGGAAAUAUUUGGCCGUUGCCUCCUUCGACAACUUUGUGGAUAUUUAUAACGUGAUGAGCAGCAAACGGGUCGGGGUGUGCAAGGGGUCGUCCAGCUACAUCACCCACCUGGACUGGGACAUGAGGGGUAAACUCUUACAGGUGAACACUGGUGCAAAGGAGCAACUGUUUUUUGAGGCCCCGCGAGGGAAAAGACAAAUGAUUCCAGCUCAUGAGGUAGAAAAAAUUUCCUGGUCUUCUUGGACAAGUGUCCUGGGUCCGAGCUGUGAGGGCAUCUGGCCGGUGAUCGGGGAGGUCAGCGACGUGACAGCCGCCUCACUCAGCAACGACGGCAGAAUCUUAGCCACCGGGGACGACUUUGGAUUUGUGAAGCUUUUUCGGUAUCCGGUGAAAGGGAAGUUUGGGAAAUUUAAGAGGUAUGUGGCUCACAGCUCCCACGUCACCAACCUGCACUGGAUCUAUGAUGACAGCCUCCUGGUCAGUGUUGGGGGGCCGGACACCUCCCUCAUGCUCUGGACUCACGAAGUGGAAGGACAUCGGGAGAUGAGACAGUGUGACAGUGAGGAGUCGGACAUAGACUCUGAAGAAGAUGGAGGUUAUGACAGCGACGUGACGAGGGAGAAUGAGAUGAUGUACACCAUCAAAGCCUUAUCCACCAGCAUCCGGCCAAUGGCGGGAAUCAAGCCUCACCUGCAGCAGAAGGAGCUGUCCCUGGACGAAAGGCAGGGAGUAGUCCGGCCUCCCGUCAGCAGAGCGUUACCGCCGCCCGAGAAACUUCAGACCAAUAACGUCGGGAAGAAGAAGAGACCCAUUGAGGAUCUGGUGCUGGAGCUGGUGUUUGGGUACCGGGGUAAAGACUGUCGGAAUAACGUGCACUAUCUGAAUGACUGUGCUGAUAUCUUGUACCAUGCUGCCUCUGUUGGGAUCCUGUACAAUGUCGCCACAGGAUCUCAGAGUUUUUACCAGGAACACACAGAUGACAUUUUGUGCCUCACGAUCAACCAGCAUCCAAAGUUCACCAACAUAGUGGCAACUGGCCAAGUAGGUGAUGCAGCGGACAUGUCCGCCUCGGCCCCCUCCAUACAUGUGUGGGAUGCAAUGAGUAAGCAGACCCUCUCCGUACUGCGCUGCUUUCACUCCAAGGGCGUGUGCUCCGUCAGCUUCAGUGCCACCGGAAAACUGCUCCUGUCUGUGGGGCUGGACCCAGAACAUACCGUCACCAUCUGGAAAUGGCAGGAAGGUGCCAAACUUGCCAGUAAAGUCGGUCACAACCAGCGGAUUUUUGUGGCUGAAUUCCGCCCGGACUCUGACACCCAGUUUGUGUCUGUGGGGGUGAAACAUGUGCGGUUCUGGACACUAGCCGGGAGGGCGCUACUGAGUAAGAAGGGGAUGCUGAGUUCAAUAGAGGAUGCCAGGAUGCAGACCAUGUUGGCUGUGGCGUUCGGAGCUGGAAACCUGACCUUUACUGGUACAAUCAGCGGGGACGUCUGCGUCUGGAAGGACCACAUUUUAUCACGGAUUGUGGCCAAAGCUCACAAUGGGCCGGUGUUUACCAUGUACACCACCCUGCGGGACGGGCUGAUCGUGACCGGGGGCAAGGAAAGACCGUCCAAAGAGGGAGGCGCAGUGAAGCUUUGGGACCAAGAGCUGAAAAGAUGUCGUGCCUUCCGGCUAGAAACCGGCCAGACGACGGACUGCGUGCGAUCCGUGUGCAGGGGGAAGGGUAAGAUUCUGGUAGGAACCCGAAAUGCAGAAAUCAUUGAAGUCGGGGAGAAGAACGCGGCGUGUAACAUACUGAUUAAUGGUCACAUGGACGGCCCCGUGUGGGGACUGGCAACUCAUCCGACCCGAGACUUCUUCCUGUCGGCAGCAGAAGACGGGACAGUCCGGUUAUGGGACAUUGUAGACAAGAAGAUGCUUAAUAAGGUGAAUCUGGGCCACGCGGCUCGCACCGUCUGCUACAGUCCGGAGGGAGAUAUGGUGGCCAUAGGGAUGAAGAAUGGAGAGUUCAUCAUCUUGCUCGUGGCUUCCUUAAAGAUCUGGGGAAAGAAGAGAGACCGGAGGUCGACAAUCCAUGACAUCAGGUUCAGCCCAGACUCUCAUUACCUGGCAGUGGGAUCCAGUGAAAACGCAGUGGAUUUCUAUGAUCUCACCAUCGGGCCCUCGCUGAAUCGCAUCAGUUACUGCAAAGACAUCCCCAGCUUUGUGCUGCAGAUAGACUUCUCUGCCGACAGUCGUUACGUGCAGGUUUCCACGGGUUGUUAUAAGAGACUGGUCUAUGAAGUGCCUUCAGGAAAACUCCUCACGGAACAAGCUGUGAUUGACCGGAUAACAUGGGCCACCUGGACCAGCGUCCUGGGCGAGGAGGUGGUAGGAAUCUGGUCCAGACAUAAUGAGAAGUCAGAUGUGACAUGCGCCUGCGUCUCUCACUCAGGAAUUAGCCUGGUUACGGGUGAUGACUUUGGAAUGGUCAAACUGUUCGACUUCCCCUGUCCUGAGAAAUUUCUUAUUUGUAUGGAAAUGUGUCCACAUGCCGCACUGAUGGCAGCACGAUUGCACGACCUUCCACCUCUGCCAGCGGGUGGAGCCCGGGAACACUUGUUCCUGCAGAAUCGCAAAGAGGAAGCAUCCAAAUCCAGAGAAGAGCGCGUCCUGCGGAGAAGGCGGGAGUCGAGUGGAUCAGCUUUACAUGGAAGCAUGUGCAAUCCCUUCUCCGCGGGGGUUGAUCUAUUCAGAGCAGGAGUCGAUGUUUCUAUUCCAGUUGCCGGAAAGAUGUGGCGUUACGUUGUGAACCAUAUACCAGCAUGGAGAUUCCCCUCUGAGGAUGGCGCAGAGCAGCCAGGACAUGGCACCAGGGCCUCGCUUGCUCUAAUAGCUGUGCCAGCCAGGAUGCGAGUGCCUUCCCUUCUCUCCCAAAGUCUGACGUUUCCCGUCUUUGCCUUGUUCAGUCCGUUCCGCGCUGACGUUGCCAUAUUAUGUGCUGCUUGUUAUGAAGAUGUUCUCCGGUCCGUUGUUCUUAAGCCUCUUCGGUGCUAGAAGGGGGCUGUAUCUCAUAUUGGGGGUCAGUGGGAGCAUUUACUCUGAGUAACAAAUAGAAUUUCUGAUAAGUUUUUUUCAAGUUUUAUUUGGCAUCAAUGAAGGUGGAGGGCGUCUUAGGCCUUAUUCACACAACAGACUGUCCGUUUUUCCUGGCCAUUUUCGCAUCUGUUCCAUGAUCGGCUGAAUUUCACUGGCUUUUUUUUUUUAAAAUAAAAUUCCAACCCCUGACGCAUGUAUAAAUGUUCCCCAUACUGGUCAUCAGCUGUAAAGUUUUUUUUAGCCGGAAAAAACAACUCACCUCAGCCACUUGCACGCGCAGAGGCAUUCGCUCCUCUCUUGAGGACCUGUGCACAAGCGAGAUGACAUCAUCACACUUGAGUGCAGGUCCUUCGGAAUCAAGACAGAAGUGACUGCCUCUGCAGUUGCCAUUGGAUAAGAUAAAUAAAGUUAUUUAACCCCUUAAAGGCCAUAUUGCACAAGUGGACCCGUUUUUAACGGCCAUUAGAUGGGUGUUAUUCACUGACUUAAUAAAAAAAAAAAAGCCAUGUGAAUAGCCCCAUAGACUGCAAUGGUUCUGAAAAUGGCCAUUUUUCACUGUCAUGUGAAUGUAGCCUUAGAAAAUAAUUAAAUUCCGCAGGAAAUGACAAUUCUGGAAUAUGUAUUCUUAUGACUCCAUGUUGUGCCAUUCUCUUAUUUCUGUUACCAGUUUUUUUUGGGGGGAGGGGUUUCCGCACAGUCUAGCAUUGUGCAGAUCCAUCUCCGUACAGUAUUCGGGUCCAUUCACACAUCCAUGUGUGUUUUGCGGAUCUGCAAAACAAAGACCGCGGCAUUGUGCGU